CCGGCCCGGCCGCUCCGGGAGGGGCCAUGGUGGGAGCGACAUGAGCCCCGAGCCGGAGCCGGAGCCGCCGCCAGCCCGGGACCGGGCGGCAAAGAAGGAGGAGGAGGAGCCGCCGCCACCGGCGUCGUCGUCGCAGCUGCCGUCGUGGGAGGGCGGCGACGGCGCCAGGUGGGGCGGCUGCAUCAUGCUGGGCAAGAGGGUCGGCCUGACGGCGGGCGGCGGUGGCGCGCAACAAGGUAUUGGUCGGCCGAGUGUUUACCAUGCAGUGGUGGUCAUAUUCCUGGAAUUCUUUGCCUGGGGGCUCUUGACAACUCCAAUGCUAGCGGUCUUACAUGAAACAUUUCCCAGUCAUACAUUUUUAAUGAAUGGACUUAUUCAAGGCGUUAAGGGUUUUUUGUCAUUUCUCAGUGCUCCACUAAUAGGUGCUCUCUCAGAUGCUUGGGGAAGAAAAUAUUUUCUUCUUCUUACAGUUUUCUUCACCUGUGUCCCAAUUCCAUUAAUGCGAAUAAGCCCAUGGUGGUACUUCGCUAUGAUUUCAGUAUGUGGAAUAUUUUCUGUUACCUUUUCUGUAAUAUUUGCCUAUGUAGCUGAUGUAACAGAAGAGCAUAAAAGAACUACAGCCUACGGACUGGUAUCUGCCACCUUUGCGGCAAGCUUGGUGACUAGUCCUGCCCUUGGAGCAUACCUGUCUGCCAGCUACGGGGAUAGUCUGGUUGUACUGGUGGCCACGUUGGUGGCUGUCGUGGACAUCUUUUUCAUCCUGCUAGCUGUACCAGAAUCUCUGCCGGAAAAAAUAAGACCUGCUUCAUGGGGAUCUUCUAUAUCAUGGGAACAGGCAGAUCCUUUUGCAUCUCUGAAAAAGGUUAGAAAAGACCCUACAGUUCUCCCAAUCUGUAUUACAGUGUUAUUCUCAUAUCUGCCUGAGGCUGGCCAGUAUUCUAGUUUCUUUCUGUACUUGAGACAGGUAAUAGGCUUUGGAUCUGCUAGCAUUGCGGCAUUUAUAGCUGUGGUGGGCAUUCUGUCCAUAAUAGCUCAGACUUUGUUUCUCAGUAUCUUGAUGAGAACUAUAGGGAACAAAAACACAGUUCUCCUUGGUCUUGGCUUUCAGAUCUUUCAGCUGGCUUGGUAUGGUUUUGGAUCUCAGUCUUGGAUGAUGUGGGCAGCGGGAGCUGUAGCAGCGAUGUCAAGCAUUACAUUUCCAGCAAUAAGUGCUCUGGUUUCACGAAAUGCAGAGGCAGAUCAACAAGGUGUUGUCCAAGGAAUAAUAACUGGAGUAAGAGGACUGUGCAAUGGCCUGGGACCAGCACUGUAUGGCCUUAUUUUCUUUGUCUUCCAUGUGGAAUUCAAUGAAUUCCUACCUGAUAACACUUCUGAAACUGCAACACAGCAGUAUCCCAGUAAUAAGGUCCCUAAGGCAGCACCUUCUCUGAAAUGGUAGCAUGACAGCUUAUCAGAGAGUUCAUGAAAAGAUUUUGUUCUGAGAGGUUCCUGAAAGAAUGAGGAAUUUGCUGGAAGCAUCUUAGCAAAAAUGUCGUGCUCAAUUUUGGCAAAGAGCUGGGCCAACAGGCACAACAAAAUGGGUGGAAUUUAUGGUUAUUAAAUGUUGAAUGCUGUUGCAUUGAUUAAUAACAAGUGUCUGUUACUGUUUUGACAUUAAUUGUAGUUCUCCAUUAUUUUGUGGGUGUUCAUCUGGCUUUCUUGAGAAAAAAAAGAACAAUGGACGGGUGGUAAUAAGGGAUCUUUUAAUUUAAAAAGUUAUCAAAAUUGUAGAAAGAGCGUGUUGUCUACACAUGCUGUUCUCAGAGAAGUCCACAUUAUAGUAUAGUUCUAUUUCUAUAAUAUCUCUGGAGUUAGUCAGGGUUUUUUAACUGUAAGGAUGAUGAUGAUGAUUAAUGAUGAUGUUUAUUGUAGACAUUGUUUUGGAAAGGCCAACAAAUGGAAUAAAAACAAGAAAGGCUGUUUAUUUCUGGACCACUUCCCCUUUUUAUCUUAUUUACUGCAACAAGAAUUUAGACAGAUGCAAGAAUGAUGUUGAAUGAUAGCUAUCUGGAUUUUAGUGUGUUGUGCAGCUAUUUAACUUGAUGGAGGACUCUAUUCUAACAGGAAUCAUGCCAUUUGCACAUUUGCUUUAUUGAAAUACAGACCUCAACAGUAGGCAUAAGUUAUGUAAGCAAACUGGUUCCAAGGCACAAAAUUAUGUUAGUGGUUGUCAUUUCUGUGAAAUGUAAUUGGUUCAGAUGGUCUUAUCAUUUCCACACUCUGCUUCACUGCACCUGAUCAGUUUCUGGGUAGAUUUUAACAAUAUCAAAUCUUAUUUAAAAAGUUUCAUUUGCAAUUAAACUGUUUGCUGUACCUGCAAAAGAAAUAAGAAUUUUCUUCUUGUUCUUUCAGUUUGGAACAUGAAAAUAUGAGAAUUAGAAAAUGUAAUUUUCUUGAUUUGAUCCAGAAAACUUACCAGCUACAAAAAAUUGGAAAUUUUUAAUGAUGUCUUCAGGUAUGACUAUCCAGUUUCCAUUUUAUUUAUUUUAUAAUCUGUUCAAAUCUAAGAUUACUUAAUACUUUCUCUGUGCUUUUGCAUUUCUAAGGAUUAUUUUAUUUCUCACUUGCAACUGAGCACACAUGCAUGCAAUACAGCAGGUUUUUCUUCAUCACUAUUACAGUGCAUCAGUAUCUUAAAAAGGUUGUCAGUGAUAGCAUAUUAAAAAUAGAGAACUUUUGAGAAUAGCUAAUUUAUUCUUUCCUUAGUAAGAGUAAUUCUACAAAACCCCAAAAAACUUCAAACACAGCCAUUCUCCCCAAAAAAACCAAGAGUCUAAAGUACUGAGAUUAUUUUAAAUUUUUUUUCUUGGCCCAUUAUCUUUUCACCAAUAUCUGUGAUGCUUGAAAAUUAACAAGUUAUUGGCUAGAGUGUAAAUCAUCAUUUUAGUACUGCCCACGAAGUACACUUUAUCCUGAUUCUCUCUCUUAUUAGUACUGACAACUUUGAUUGUAUAUCCCUAAUUAUUUUAACUAAACUGCAGUGUAUAUCAGAGAUAUAUAAAAAGAAAACCAGAAGAUAGGUUACUUUUGUAUUUAGCUCUAGAGCAAUUCUUUUCAGAAUGUUGGAUCCUUUAUGAGUGUGCAAAAUUCAAAAUAGGAGUUGUUAGGCUUGAGAAAAUUCAGUGAAGAGUCAAGAAAAGAACAAGUUUGCUGUAAAUUGAGAGAUUCCAGAAAAUAUAUGGCAGGUAAAAGAGAAAGAGAAGGAAUUGUAAUUUACAGAUAUCUGAGAAAGGACAGAUGUCUUCUAAGAAAUAUAUGAGAAGAAGAGACUGAAGUUAUAAAAGAAGAACCGAGUUU